GCGGUACAGCGGCCGGUGCGCGUCUGGUGCGACGGAUGCUAUGACAUGGUGCACUAUGGCCACUCCAACCAGCUGCGCCAGGCUCGGGCCAUGGGGGAUUAUCUGAUUGUUGGAGUCCACACGGAUGAGGAGAUCGCCAAGCACAAGGGCCCCCCUGUCUUUACGCAGGAGGAGAGGUACAAAAUGGUGCAAGCCAUCAAGUGGGUGGAUGAGAUUGCUCCAGGAGCUCCCUAUGUCACCACGCUGGAAACCCUGGACAAGUAUAACUGUGACUUCUGUGUGCACGGUGAUGACAUCACCUUAACGGUAGAUGGCAAGGACACCUACGAGGAAGUGAAGACCGCGGGGCGAUACAGGGAAUGCAAACGCACCCAAGGUGUGUCCACUACCGACCUCGUCGGCCGCAUGCUGCUCAUGACUAAGGCUCACCACAGCAACAUAGAUGAGGACCUAGACUAUCGGAAGCACACUGACAACUUUGGGAAGGGGCCAAAAGGCCACAGUCCCUGGACUGGCGUCUCACAGUUCCUACAGACAUCUCAGAAGAUCAUCCAGUUUGCAUCAGGGAAGGAGCCACAGCCAGGAGACACUAUCAUCUAUGUGGCCGGAGCCUUCGACCUGUUCCAUAUUGGGCAUGUUGAUUUCCUGGAGAAGGUUCACCAGCUGGCAGAGAAACCCUACAUCAUUGCUGGGCUGCACUUUGAUCAGGAAGUAAAUCGCUACAAAGGGAAGAACUAUCCCAUCAUGAACAUCCAUGAGAGAACACUCAGCGUCUUGGCCUGCAGGUACGUCUCAGAAGUGGUGAUUGGAGCCCCCUAUGCUGUCACUGCUGAUCUGCUGGAUCACUUCAAGGUAACACUUGUGUGUCAUGGGAUGACUGAGGUGGUGCCAGACAAGGACGGUUCUGAUCCAUACGAGGAACCCAAGAGACGCGGCAUUUUCCAGCUGGUGGACAGUGGCAGCAAUCUCACCACAGAUUUAAUUGUGCAAAGAAUCAUCAAGAACAGGUUGGAGUUUGAAGCCAGGAACCAGAAGAAGGAAGCGAAAGAGCUGGCAGUGUUGGAGGCCAUGAAGAGAUUGGAGGAGGAGAAGCACUAGGUCGGCAGAGAGCCGACGUGUGGGUCGCUGAGCGCCACAGCCUCACCCUCCUGGGGAGCAGAGAGCCCUUCCAGAGGGGACCCCGCAAUGGGGACACCGCUGCCGGCGUGUAGGAUGUGCUAUCCUACCCUCUUCUGUCCUAGCUCCUCCUGCACUAAUUAUGCAGACAUAACGAGUCAGGAUCCUGCUGCCUAGCUUUUCCUCCGUUAAUCAGCCUCCGUCCCCUUUCCCAGAAGGAGAUUUGACAAACGAAAAACAAAACGAAACGGUUUUAAUCAUAACUAUGUUUUAACAUGUUGAUGUGCUUUUACCUUCUGCCAUUUCUGGCUUUUAGUAGGGGGGGAAAUGGAGCAGCCCCCCAGGCCCCCUCUGCCCCUCCAGGUCCAUCUGUCCUGACGGAGUCUGUGUCCCAGAGUGGCCCGUCGGGUGGUGAGGGGGGGUGGCUGGACAGACGGAUGAGAGUGGCCUCCCCAGGGAAGGGAUGUGGCACCUGUGGUUCCUUCUGCCAGCCCUGGGUUUAGGGACACUGGGCCAUCACUGUGUGGCUGCAGGAGGUGCCCACGGGCCUCUGUGUGAGAACUGGGUUGAGCUGGAUCAAUCUUCUCUCUGCUCUGGUGCCGGUGAAUCGUUUGUGGCGGCUGCUGUGAGGGGCAGGUGGCCCAGGGACCCUCAGUUCCGCCAUUUCCCUGGUGGGUUUGAGGGAUUUUGGGGCACGCUGGGGGCUUUACCCUUUGUGAGGCAGCAGGACCCGGUGCUGCGUAUAGACCCUGCUCGGAGCCCUCGUGCUGCUGCUGCCGGUGCCCACCUCACGCCCAGGGGGUCUCCCAAAGGAGGGAGUGAAGUGUCGGGGCUGUUGUGCGAGGGCUGGGGCGCGCAGCAUGUGUGGCCCCACAGGAGAUGUGGGGCUGAGGGGGACGGGUGCUGGGCUGAGCCCCUUUCUCUGCCUCCAACAUUCCAGGGUGCUGUGGUGGCUGUCGCUCCCCGCGCUCUGCGGGACGGUCCUUCCGCACCGGUCCUGUUCUCUCUGUUGUAAACUUCUGUUGCUGAUCAUUAAUAAAACGUUGACAAGUGC